UAAUGUAGUAAGUGACAACAGAAUAUGUUAGAAGUUUAAAUGGAAUUACACAAGAGUAUUUGAGUAUGUAAAUGAUAGUUUCUUAUGUCCAGUGAAUGCAAACAUUUACAAUAUCCAAUUUCUUAAAUUUAGAAUUAGAGAUAUGGAUUCAGGUUAAACUCUAUUUGAGGUUGAACGUGAUUAAGAUGAAGAGCCUAUAGGUAAAAUCAUGAUUUGACAUAAAAAUAAGAAAAUCUCCCACCAGAAUAUUAAGAUGAAGCUAGAAGGAUUAAAUACCAUUUUGGACCUUAGUUUUUUGAAUUGAAAACAGUGGGAGCACAAUUGACUUUCUCAGUUGGUAAUCAACCAGUUAAAAAUUUCACAAUUAUUGAAAGACAUUAUUUUAGAGAUCAUUUAUUGAGAAGUUAUGAAUUUUAAUUCCCAUUUUGCAUUCCAAAUUCAACAAAUACAUGGGAACAUAUUUACACAAUACCAGAAAUAGAUGAAGCAAUGGUAUAUAUAAAAUAAAUAAUUCUAUUAAUUAGAGAUAAGAAAUGAUUAAUAAUCCAUUUUAAACUAAAUCUGACAGUUUUUAUUUUGUAGGUGACCAGUUAGUUAUGCAUAACAAGGCUGAGUAUGAUUACUCUCCUUUUGAUUGAA